GGAGAAUUCAAACCCUAGCCCUAGACUUCGACUGGUGAAUCAGCUUCAGCGUCGCCAUUCGUUGCUAUUCAGCUCCUUCAUUCUGUUCCCGCGCCAGGAUUUCGGAAGAGACCGUGUCUCUAUUAUGCCUAGCCGAGUCGGAGUCGAGGAGAUAGAUUGUGGUGUCAGCUGUCUAGGUUCGAUAAACGGCGGUUUCGAGGAUGCAGAUGGAGAACCUACAACGUGUAGCCGGAGCUAUUCCUAUCACAAGCUGCCGCCUCAUCUCCUCAAGCUCUCCAUUCUCAAGCUCGACGGCUCUGCUUUCGAUGUUCUUAUUGAGAAAAAUGCAACAGUUGGACAGCUCAAACAGGCAAUAGAAGACGUUUUCAUCUCAUCGACUAGCGAAGGUCCCAGCCAAAUUUCAUGGUCACAUGUAUGGGGACAUUUCUGCUUGUCUUUUGAAGGCUGGAAACUACUGAAUGACCGGACUUAUGUACGAGAGUUUGGAAUCACAGAUGGGGAUCAGCUUCGAUUUGUCCGACAUUUGUCCAUUAAUUAUUCACCAAUGAGAAGACGGUCUAAGAGCCAGAAUCAUCUUUACAGGCAACCACCAUUGUCGACGGUGUUUAGAGAUACUGAAGAGAGCAGCGCAGAUGAGGAGGAGGAGAAACAUUUAAAGGCCUACAAUCUCGAGGAUCAUGAGGUUCCGCUUCCAGAAUUUAGUCUCUCUCACUUUCUAAGAGGAUGCAUCUCAUACUCAAGACUGUGGGGUGAGAAUCGGAAGGGCUCGGGAGCCAAAGGGCGCCCUUCGAGGUUUGCCAUGCAGUGUUUGCCACGUGGGACCAACGGGUAUACAGCUAUGGAAGUGUAGUGAAACUUAGAGAUAGAACUGUAUAUGCGGAGGGGGAGUUUAGCUGCAAUUUUCCCUGAAACCCAUUCUAUGUCAUUGAGGUGCAAUUUUGGUACAAGGGCAUCUGAUAUUUUUUUCUCGGCAUAACGUGUAAGUAUUACCAAUCAGGAACUUCAAUCAGAGAAAUUAGGAAACUGUUCCGGUGUCGAUUUCUACAUCUCUCCGGUCAAACUGGUCUCCG